AAGGGGAACUCUAUGAUUCUACGCAUGCUCUUACGCGCAGUCCGGCUCCAUUACACUUCUUCCCUCCACUUCCUUCAGUUCUCGCUUCUUGCUGGUUUAGGCGAAGCUGCCUUGAAGCUCUUAUGCCCUUGCUGCGUUAGCCUCCUGUGCUAUCUCUGGAUCGGGUAUCAAGAACGCGUGCAUUGGAGAUUUUGUAUUAUUGUAUCAACAGGUUCAAGAAAUUUGAUGGAAGAAGUGUUGUGAACAGGUUCGCCAAGCGUGUAGCUAUUUGAAAUCAAGCUAAGUGCUCAUCUCUUUGGUUCUUCCAUGGCGGACAACGACAUGGACCAACAGAAAUUAGCAUACUUCCAAGAAAUCACGGGCGUGAAAGACUCGUCUCUCUCGCACCAAAUCUUAGAUGCGUAUGGCUGGGACCUCGAUUCCGCAAUACAGGCCAUGGUGGACAAAACGACGAACGUAAUCCCUGAGUACGAAGAGAGUAUGCGUGUGUCUGCUAGUACCAAUUCCGACCCACAAACAGUUGUGCAAGCUAAUACUGCAGAUACAAGUCUUGGAAUAGUGUCCACCAGUUUGUCACCCCCGUCCCACAAUCCCUCGCCUGGUGGAAUUCAAGUCACUGAACAGAGUUUUGUAGACGACAGAUCGUUAUUCGAACGAAUCGGUGAUGGGGAGCACUUUCAAGGGCCUUCUGCAGGAGUGGAGAGUUCCGAUGGUACAACGUUUGUUUGGAGGGUAGUGACACUACCGUUCACUAUCUUACGUGGGAGUUAUAAUAUCAUAUAUGGCGCCUUUGGCAUAGGUAUUUGGAUGGCAAGAGGGCUUUUCAGCACUGGUGUAGGUUCUUUGCGGUUGACUGAGGCUCCUAACCAGACCCCUGCUACUGCGGGCGGGUCUCAGCCAAAUAUUGCUCCCAUUGUUUCAGUACCAUCAGGGGCAUCCGAGGCGUCAAAUUUCUUAAGAUCAUUUGAGAGGCGCUAUGGUGACUAUCAUCCAGAGUUUCAAGCCGUCAGCUUCAUGGAAGCCUUACGAAGAGCUGGCCAGGAAUAUAAGUUCCUCUUUGUGUACCUGCACGCCCCGCAGCACGUCAAUACUCCAGUCUUUUGCGAGACCACUCUUCGUAACGAAGCUGUCGUGGAUCUCAUCAAUGAAAAUUUCAUUUCGUGGGGUGCGGAUGUUCGCAAUACUGAGGGAUAUCAAAUGAGCAAUAGUCUGAAUGCUUCUACGUUUCCAUUUUGUGCUGUGAUUGCUGGCUCCUCCAACCAACGCAUUGCGGUUGUCUGUCAGGUGGAAGGAUACCGGACUGCAGGAGAGUUACUUACAAUAUUAGAGAAUGUAGUAGAAGAAGAAAGUGCGUCUUUGAAUGCCAGUCGACAAGAGCAAGAAGCACGUGACUUGAACUGCCGUUUGCGUGAAGAGCAAGAUGAGGCCUACAGAAUAGGCCUUCAGGCUGACCAGGAAAGGGAACGAAGAGAACAAAUCGAGGUGGACCGAGCUGCCAGAGAAAAGUUUGAUGCAGACCAAAAGAAAAUACAGGAUGAGAAAGAGGCAGCUCAAGCCGCUCAAAUUUCAUUUCAAAAAGAAGCCAACUUAGCACGCCAUCGGCAGGACUUAGCUUUUAAACUUGGACCAGAGCCAGAGAAAGGAGCAGAUGUCACUCAUGUGGCGGUGCGUUUGCCAUCAGGAGAACGAAAAGAACGGAGGUUCAUGAAUACCACUAAAGUGAAGGCUUUGUACGAUUACAUAGAAUCAUUACAUAGCUUUGAAUCUGUGACUUUCCUUCUCAUUUCAAAUUUUCCUCGUGUAGUGUAUGGCCCCGACAAGUUCGAAUUAACACUGAACGAUGCAGGGCUUCACCCUAGCGCGAGCCUCUUUGUACAGGUGCAAGAGUCUUAACUAGGGCUUGCUUCUGAACUGGGAGCGCAUUGAAGGUGCUUGAUAUUUUUAUUAGAGACCGACUCCUUGACACUUCUGUAACAAUUACAACACCAUUGGUAGUCAUAUAAUUAUGUAGUAGGUCCUCUGCUGAUUAUGUAAAAAGCGUGCCGACAUAAAGUAGCUAACUUAAUUGCACCUCAGUUGUAGUAUGUGAAGGUGUACUAAACAUUGAUCCUAGAUGAUUUUAGAGAAGAUACAGUUUCAUUGCCACCAAGUAAUUAAUAAAUAACAAUUAAAAUUUUGAUUCUU